CUUUUGAUACCCGACCACACUUCCACACGGUCAAGUACACACGCGCACAUCACACUGCUCCUUCAAUCACCAGGACACUCUAUUCAGACCACAUCCCAUCCAUCACAUCACCUCCACCACCGCAAUCAUGUCGGGCGAGACGUUCGAGUUCCAGGCGGAGAUCUCGCAGCUCCUCUCCCUCAUCAUCAACACUGUCUACAGCAAUAAGGAGAUCUUCCUGCGAGAACUCAUCUCCAACUGCUCCGAUGCUCUCGACAAGAUCCGUUAUGAGGCUCUUUCAGAUCCAUCAAAGCUCGACUCAGCGAAAGACCUCCGCAUCGACAUCAUUCCAGACAAGGAGGGCAAGACGCUCACCAUCCGUGAUACUGGUAUCGGUAUGACGAAAGCCGACCUCGUCAACAACCUUGGAACGAUCGCUCGCUCUGGUACAAAGCAGUUCAUGGAGGCCCUUACAGCAGGUGCCGAUGUGUCCAUGAUUGGCCAGUUCGGUGUCGGUUUCUACUCGGCGUACCUCGUUGCCGACCGCGUGACAGUGGUGUCGAAGCACAACGACGACGAGCAGUAUAUCUGGGAGUCUAGUGCUGGUGGCACUUUCACCAUUUCUCAGGACACUGACGGCGAGCCUCUCGGCCGCGGUACCAAGAUCGUCCUUCACCUCAAGGACGAGCAGACUGACUACCUUGGCGAGAGCAAGAUCAAGGAGGUUGUCAAGAAGCACUCCGAGUUCAUCUCAUACCCAAUCUACCUUCACGUGCUGAAGGAGACCGAGACCGAGGUCCCAGAUGAGGAUGCUGAGACGACCAAGGAGGGCGAGGACGACAACAAGCCCAAGGUCGAGGAGGUUGACGAUGAGGAGGAAGAAAAGAAGGAGAAGAAGACGAAGAAGGUCAAGGAGAGCAAGAUUGAAGAAGAGGAGCUCAACAAGACGAAACCAAUCUGGACACGCAACCCAGCAGACAUCUCGCAAGAGGAGUACGGUGCGUUCUACAAGUCGCUGAGCAACGACUGGGAAGACCAUCUUGCUGUCAAGCACUUCUCUGUCGAGGGUCAGCUUGAAUUCCGCGCCAUCCUGUACGUGCCAAAGCGUGCACCAUUCGACCUCUUCGAGACCAAGAAGACCAAGAACAACAUCAAGCUCUACGUUCGCCGUGUGUUCAUCACCGAUGACGCUACCGACCUCAUCCCAGAGUGGCUGUCCUUCAUCAAGGGUGUUGUCGACUCUGAGGAUCUCCCACUCAACCUGUCGCGUGAGACGCUCCAGCAGAACAAGAUCAUGAAGGUGAUCAAGAAGAACAUCAUCAAGAAGACCCUUGAGCUGUUCCAAGAGAUCGCCGAGGACAAGGAGAACUUUGACAAGUUCUACACUGCUUUCAGCAAGAACAUCAAGCUUGGUAUCCACGAGGACAGCCAGAACCGCAACGCACUCGCCAAGCUCCUCCGUUACAACUCCACCAAGUCCGGCGAGGAGGCCACAUCCCUCCAGGACUACAUCACGCGUAUGCCAGAGCACCAGAAGCAGAUGUACUACAUCACCGGCGAGUCCAUCAAGGCCGUCGAGAAGUCUCCAUUCCUUGACGCGCUCAAGGCCAAGAACUUUGAGGUUCUGUUCCUUGUUGACCCUAUCGACGAGUAUGCCUUCACCCAGCUCAAGGAGUACGAGGGCAAGAAGCUUGUUGAUAUCACCAAGGAUUUCGAGCUUGAGGAGACCGAGGAGGAGAAGACGAAGCGUGAGGCCGAAGAGAAGGAGUACGAGUCGCUCGCCAAGUCACUGAAGAACGUCCUAGGCGACAAGGUCGAGAAGGUGGUUGUCAGCCACAAGCUCGUUGGCGCUCCUUGCGCCAUCCGCACUGGCCAAUUCGGCUGGUCUGCCAACAUGGAGCGUAUCAUGAAGGCCCAGGCUCUCCGUGAUACCUCGAUGUCCAGCUACAUGAGCAGCAAGAAGACGUUUGAGAUCUCACCUAACAACGCCAUCAUCAAGGAGCUCAAGAAGAAGGUUGAGGCAGAUGGUGAGAACGACCGCACUGUCAAGAGCAUCACCACCCUCCUGUUCGAGACUUCCCUGCUUGUAUCUGGCUUCACUAUCGAUGAGCCAGCAGACUUUGCUGAGCGCAUUCACAAGCUGGUGUCGCUCGGUCUCAACGUGGAUGAGGAUGUCGAGACGGAAGCAGAGGCAGCUGCACCCGCACCUGCAGAGGGCGCCACUGAGAGCGCUAUGGAGGAAGUCGACUAGAUGCACUGCACAGUGAAGCACAGUCGAUUUCAAGUAAUGUGUCCACGGAUUCACGCGCGAUUUGAGCAUAAUGGCUAGAUACAAGAUCAGGCAAGGCGUUUCUGUGUCUUGGGUGACGCAAAAAAAGGUUGUGGGCAUUGGCAUUAUGGGCGUGCUAAUGGAUCAGAUGCCUCUUUCUGUAUUAACAGUUUUCAAUCGAAGAUCUGUCGAUCUUUUUAUUCAAUCCUAGUCUAUUCUGAUAAUCUCUCUCUUGCCUCGAAUAUGCUUAAACGUGG